CGCGGGCAAGAAGUCGCCGCGGCUGCCCAAGUGCGCGCGCUGCCGCAACCACGGCUACUCGUCGCCGCUCAAGGGCCACAAGCGCUUCUGCAUGUGGCGCGACUGCCAGUGCAAGAAGUGCAACCUCAUCGCGGAGCGGCAGCGCGUCAUGGCCGCGCAGGUUGCGCUGAGGCGUCAGCAGGCGCAGGAAGAGGAGCUGGGCAUCAGCCACCCCAUCCCACUGCCCAGCGCCACCGAGCUCUUCGUCAAGAAGGAGAGCGGCGGCGGCGGCGGCAGCGGCUCCUGCCUCGUGUGGGAGGGCGGCAGCCCCCCGCACGCCACCAGCGCGGCCACCGCUGCCACCACAGCCACCACGGCCUCAGAGGGACGGAUGCUCAUUCAGGACAUCCCUUCCAUCCCCAGCAGAGGGCACUUGGAGAGCACGUCUGAUUUGGUUGUGGACUCCACCUACUACAGCAGUUUUUACCAGCCAUCCCUGUAUCCUUACUAUAACAACCUCUACAACUACUCCCAGUACCAAAUGGCAGUGGCCAGUGAACCUUCCUCGAGUGAGAUGGGGGGUACACUCGUAGGGUCCCCCAUGAAGAACAGCCUACGGAGCCUCCCCGCGACGUACAUGUCAAGCCAGUCAGGAAAGCAGUGGCAGAUGAAGGGCAUGGAGAACCACCACGCCAUGAGCUCCCAGUACCGGGUGCACUCGUACUACCCUCCCACGUCGUACCUGGGCCAGGGUGUCGGCACGGCCGCGUGUGUCCCGCAGAUCUUGACCUCCGAGGACAUCCCCUCAUACUCAGAACUGAAGGCAAGAGUCUUCUCGCCCCCCAGCAGCCAGGACUCCGGCGUGGGGAGCAGCGAGAGCACCAAGGGGGGGCUGGAGUGCGAGGCCCCCCCCGAGGCCGGCGCCUUCGCCGUGAGCCCCGUCCUGGAGGGCAGCGACUAGAGCCGCCGCCGAGCGGCCCCGCUGCACCGUUCACCGUUCGCCUGUUCUUUAGGGUUAUUUUUAUUAAUUUUUGUUUUUUGGGGGGUCCUUCUCUCUCAGGGGUGUGGGGUGAAGGAGCCGCUCGCGGUUCCCGGUACCGAGCGGGAGGCUCGGAAAGGGGGAGCCCCCGGGCCCUGUGCCGGUGCCUCCUUAAGGCGCGACCCUCGCUGUGAAUUUUUAAUGGUUCCUUACAAGCUAAUGCUGCUGUUCUGCUACGGGCGGUUCAAUUAUUUUUAAUUUUAUUUUAUAUAUUUUUUUUCUUAGCGUCGCGGAAUUAACAUAUUUUGCAUAACUGCAGUUGAGUGCCUUGUGUUAGAUUGCAAUCUAAACUGCAAGUGAAAAAAAAAAAAAGUCGCUUUAAAAAAGUUACUGCGGAUUUUCUAUGUUUGUUAUUUUGUUAAAAAAAAAAAAUGGCUCGCGGUGUUCUUGCGUUGUGUUACAGAAGCCAACCUGAAAUGAAACUAGUCUAGAAAAAUUCAUUGUUCUCUGUAGUUGCAGCUGUACCUGAAAUAAAAAUGUUAUUGAUGACUGAA